AUGGAAUGCAUACCAACGCUCUAUCCCUCGGUGGAAGAAUUUGCCAACCCCAUUGAAUACCUGUCAGAGCAGAAAAUUAAAAGACUUGGUCAUAUUUAUGGCAUGAUCAAACUAGUGCCACCACCUGGCUUCCGUCCACCGUUUUCUAUAAAUACAAGUGAUUUUAAAUUCAAUGUCAGGGUGCAGAAAUUAUCGGAACUCAAUAUAUCCAAUAGGAGUAGGCUCUUCUUUAUGAAGCAGAUCAACAAUUUCAAUAGAACCAAGAGGGGGAAAUCAUGCAGUAUAAAAAGACUUACCGAACCAUAUUUUUUCACGGGCGAAGGUCAAAAGAUUUAUUUCUACGACCUCUUUAUUGAGAUUGCAAAAAGCGGAAACGGCCACUCGUCAGGACAGGGAGAUCAGAAUCAACUUCCCAGACGGGGAAAGCGUACGAGGAGUGGUUCUCCAGACACAUCUAGCCCUUUUUCUCUGCUCGACCUUAAUGAGGUCGUAAAUGAUAGCUCAUUAUGGAAGAGAAUUUCCCGAACUCUUCACACUCCUAUCGACGAAUUACAACAUGCUUUCAAAAACUAUAUUUCAAAUUACUAUGCAUUUAUUUCUAAACAAGUUAAAAAUGGGGAUUCCAAUCUGUUUUCAAGACUUCUUUAUCAGGACAAAUACCCGAAAUCUUUACUCAGUGAUGACGAAAAAUCAUUAUCUGAAAGCGACGACAGUGAGGAUGAUGAAGGCUGUGUAAUAUGCCAUCGUUCGAAUAACCCAACAAAAAUUAUUUUAUGCGACUCAUGUGAUAGACCUUUCCAUAUUUCAUGUCUAUCUACUCCUUUGACGUCGGUAUCAAAGGGCGACUGGAUUUGCAAUAAUUGUAUUAUAGGAAAUGGAUAUUAUGGUUUUAGGGAAGAAUCUCAUGAAUAUACACUAUCAGAAUUCCGAUCUCGCUGCAACAGUAAAGAAAAAGAGCUGACUAGUGAUGUCAACACAGGUGAGAGGCUCUCCAUUGAAAAAUUAGAAGAGAAAUUUUGGUAUUUCGUCGAUAACAUGGAAGACUCAAUAACCGUUAAAUAUGGUGCAGAUGUAAAUGGUACUUCUCCAGGAGAGAUGACAGGAUUUCCAACCGCAGAAUAUGUGCCCAGUAAUUUAGAUGAGGAGCAAAAGUACGAGCAUAGCAAGUAUUAUAACCAUCCAAUGAAUCUCAUAAACCUGCCGAAUGCAAAAGGUUCUCUACUACCAAUGUUCGACAGGAGAAUUUCAGGAAUGACUAUUCCCUGGAUGUAUGUCGGUUCAACGUUUUCUACCUUUUGCUGGCAUUUGGAGGAUCAAUACACCUUAAGUGCAAACUAUCAGCAUGAAGGUGCCCCUAAAAUAUGGUAUAGCAUACCAGAAUAUUCGUGUGAUAAAUUUCAGAAGCUUAUGAGAGAUGUGGCUCCUGACCUUUUCGAGAAGCAACCAGAUUUAAUGCAUCAAUUAGUGACCUUAAUAUCUCCCUACGACAGACGCUUCAAAGAGGCCAAAAUCAAGUGCUUCAAGGCUGUGCAGAAUCCAAACGAAUACAUAAUCACGUUUCCCAAAUGUUACCAUGCUGGAUUCAACAGCGGCUACAAUUUCAAUGAAGCGGUUAAUUUCACCCUUGACUCGUGGGUUCCUUACGGUAUUGAGGCUAUAUCAGAUUAUCAAAACACCGGUAAACAAUGCGUUUUUGAUAUGUUUGAGCUUAUGAUGAAUAUAUUGAACAGUUAUUUAGCAGGGAACUCAAAAUUCCAGGAGUCUCUGGUUAGAACAUGCUAUUCCGAGCUGUUGAACGCAUUGAAUUCAAAGAUCAAGAUGAUCAACCAUAUAUCGGGAGUAAUACCAAAUAAGUCGUACUCAAAUAGAGUGUUAGAAUGUAGAUCGAAGCAAUUCAGUUUGCCUUCGCCCAAAAAAGAAAAGGAUGAGCAAAACUUAAUUAGUGAGAGUGCCGCUCUGCUUGAAGAGAGCCGUGAGGAGGAAGAGUACGAUGUGUAUUGUAAUAAAUGCGGUACGAUCUGCUUUUUAGCAUUUGUAGCGCACUACAAGAACCCCCACAGACUUAAGAAGAGAAGACUACUAUCUUACACUCCCAAAAAACUUAAUGAGUUAGCGGAUGGCAGAGAACUUGAAAUCCUCUGCCUCAAAGAUUACCAUGAACUGGUUGAAAAAACAUAUCUUGAAGAAAAUGAAUGUCAAGCAGAAGAUGAAAGUAAUGAGCCUUUUGAGAAUGACGAAUUGGUUUACUUGAGAAAUUCACAGGAAGUGGAAGAUAUAUUACGGGUGGCAAGUAAAAAGAUAGACCAUUUCAGGAUUUGA